CUGAGCCCGUACUGGGAGUGCAGGGAAGUGGAUCUUCAGUGCAGAGCAGGCUGGGAAGAGGCUGCUACCGGCAGGACAGGCUGUGCCAUGAUGAGCUGCAACAGGGUGAGAAGGCUGGGAAGGAGGAUGACAGCAUGCUGAAGGCUGCGAGAAAGGUGACGCUGGAACCAGGAAUAUGUUGAGUCCCAAGAUAAGGCAGGCCAGGAGAGCCCGGUCGAAGAGCUUGGUGAUGGGCGAGCAGACCGGGCUGCCCUCCAGGCCAUCGUCCCCUAGCCUGCAGGAUCGAGUGCUGAAGUCUGGCUGGCUGAAGAAGCAGAGGAGCAUCAUGAAGAACUGGCAGCAACGGUGGUUUGUGCUGCGUGGAGACCAGCUCUUCUACUAUAAGGAUGAGGAGGAAACCAAGCCACAGGGUUUCAUUCCACUGCAAGGCAAUCAGGUGAGCGAGCUGACCCCUCAGCCUGAGGAACCAGGGAAACACCUCUUUGAAAUUGCCCCAGGUGGUGCGGGAGACCGAGAAAAGAUGCCUGUCAAUCAUGAAGCCUUCUUGCUCAUGGCUAAUUCCCAGAAUGAGAUGGAAGAUUGGGUGAAAGCCAUCCGGCGGGUCAUAUGGGCUCCCUUUGGUGGAGGGAUCUUUGGACAGCGAUUGGAAGACACGGUGCAGUACGAGCGGAAGUAUGGCCUGCGUCUGGCCCCACUGCUGGUGGAGCAAUGUGUGGAUUUUAUCCGGGAGCGAGGCCUCACCGAAGAAGGGCUCUUUCGCAUGCCUGGUCAAGCCAAUCUUGUCAAGGACCUGCAGGAUUCAUUUGACUGUGGAGAGAAGCCCCUCUUUGACAGCAACACGGAUGUUCACACCGUGGCAUCCCUCCUGAAGCUCUAUCUCCGAGAGCUGCCAGAGCCUGUCAUCCCCUUUGCCAAAUAUGAAGACUUCCUGUCAUGUGGACAGCUGCUCUCCAAGGACAAGGGAGAGGUUAGUGCUCUUUCUAUCCUUCCUCCUUUUACCUGCGACUCAGCGAACAGCCUUUCCAUUUUCUCCUUCAGGCAAUGGAAGGGACUGAAGGAGCCCUCCAGCUCUAUGGCGGUGGUGGAGAUUCGGAAGGGUCGUUUCUCUCAUGGACUUAUUAGGAGGGGCAGGAUAUUCCUUGAUGAAGUUCAGUCUCACUCCAGCGUGAACAAGAUGAGCGUCCAGAACCUUGCCACGGUGUUUGGCCCAAAUAUACUGCGGCCCAAAAUGGAAGAUCCAGUCACCAUUAUGGAAGGUACCUCACUGGUCCAGCACUUGAUGACGGUGUUGAUAAGUGAACAUGGACAGAUCUUUGCCAUUUCGCAGGCCGAUGCAGCCGGGGCUCAGCCUGAAGCCUGCUCCGUGCUGCAGCGCAGCAUGGUAGAGUGGAUCUCUGAGGAAGAUGGGGAGGAGAGCAGGUCAGAGAAGAGUGCCCCCAGCCCUGCUGACUUGCCUUCUAGCAGUGCCAUGGCGCCGGACGCUAUGCCCAGCUCGCUGGUGAAGAACGCCCCUCAGGAGCACAGCAGCAAAGCCACCCAGCCUGCCACCAGCCCCAGCAAGAGGGUGCAGACAUUACCCUCCUGGAAGUACUCCUUCCGGCAACAGGGGGCAAGGUCUGUAAGCCCCAAGCUGGGUAGCUCAUCCUUGGACAUUCCUAAUCUGCCCUCCAGUGGGAACUGGCUGAUGAAUGGACUGUACUCUCUCCGAGGCCACCGCCGGACGUCCUCUGGGGAGCGGGUGAAAGACUCAGGUUCAUCCCAAAGACUCUCCACCUACGACAACGUCCCCUCCUCCAGCCUCUCCCUGAGUGCACACAGCAUUGCCAGCACUGCCUGGUCCACCUCGUCCUGUGAGAUCUCUGUUGUUGAUUCUGUCAGCAGCUGCCCAGCCUGCCGGGCCAGUGACUCCUCUGCUUUAAGCUCCCUCAAAACAGAAUGGGCCACUCAGGGCUCGCUGUCGCAGAGCGAGGUCAAGACUGUGGACCUGGAGAACAGCAUGGACAGGUUCGAAAUGUGCAUCAGCAGCUGUAGCGAGCAGAGUGACCUGGCAGCUGCUUCCAAAGACUCAGCCAAAUGUUCCAGGGCGCUGCAGAGCCUGGUUUCAGAGCUAAAGACAGGACUGAGCAAACAGAGGACUGAGUACGAGUCUAGUAUCAAAAGAAUUGAAGAAACAAGCGCUGAACUGAGAAAACGAGUGACACAGUUAGAAGAGGAGUUGGACCAGGAGCGAAAGAAAUACACAAUGCUGGAGAUCAAACUGAGGAAUUCGGAGCGUGCACGUGAAGAUGCUGAAAAGAGAAACCAGCUCCUGCAGAUAGAAAUGGAAGAGUUUUUUUCGACAUUAGGAAAUUUGACUGUUGCAAGCCAGGGAGCUAAACUGCCCAAGUAAAGGAAGCAGAAGGACACCAUUUUUUAAUUCCAGCACAGAUCAUUUUGUUCUGGGUUACUCAUGCAUCAUGAGUAAUUUGGCAGAGAGUCCCUGCUCUUAAGGAUUUUUGCUAUGUUGGUUUGUUUACAGAUGCUCUAGUAUUUGGGCUAUCAGGGAAACUGACUGCUAAAGGCAAUGCUUGAAACUGUAGACCCUAGAUUGCAAAUGGCUGGGCCUCUCUUUCCUAAUGUCAAAGGGACAACUCUGUCACUGCCUUUGGCUUUACUGUGCCAUAGACAACAGCACUGCUGCCAUGGCCUAAGUGAGCUGCAGGCAGGCUGGAGCCGAAGGAGCAUGCCAGUUCCUGGGGAGGAGAUGACACUACUAGCAUGGCAGCGGGUUUAGCUCAUGUGAUGAAUCAAGUUGAACUUGGUGGGUUUUCCAUCCUUAAUGAAACUAUUUAAAAAUCUGCUUGGUGAAAGUU